GGAAGCGCCCCCAUCGGGCCCCCGCGUGGACUCUUGCCGGGCUAUGUAGUAUAGAGCAGUGGUUUGGUAGUUGAUCGACCGAUUCCGCAAGCCGCGGCUAACCGUUUUGCGGUAACCGUGCAACCGUUUGCGACGCUCGUUACGCGUGCUGCUCAGCGUGCUGCCUCCAGCAUCGCCAACUCUAAAUGUAUACUUUGAAUGCGUGCCCGUCUCUCGUUGGGGGUACCCUCGGGCAUAAAUUAGGGAACUUGCGGGGGGGGAGGGGUAAACCCGCCGUGUCAACCCGAACCCGUAAUUCAACCAGUCUGCGCCAGGCCAUUGCCCAGAUUGAUGUCCAUCCAACACCUCGCUACUGCAGUAGUGGCCUCCUUGCAAUGUUAGCUAGGCUUCUGCUCUGUAUAAAAAGCACUGCACAUUGCCGGGCGACUCAACUUUGCAGGAUGAUGGCCACGAUACGCCUUGAGGAGCCAUUAGAACUCAAAGUCGCAAGUCUAGCCGAGGUGAAGAAUGUCGCGCCGUUCUCCUAUGAGGUUGGCGAGCACCGGCACCGGAGCCUAGGGCUCCGCGGACUGCAAAUCAAAUUCAAGCCACGCCCAGACGACUCCACAGACGCCGACGCCGACGCCCCGGGGCCCCUCGACUGGGCCAUGCGGGCGCGGGUGGCGGGUUGGUUCGCCAAUGCACGGCCAGGCAACAGCGCUGCGUCUGCCGCCCCGGCAUCCGGGGGGCCGCCGGCGGGCCCGGGCGUCAACACCAGCACCAGCACCAGCCAAGUCGCAGCUCCAUUAGAACCACCUACCGGGCCUGGGACUUCUGCGGCAGCAGGCCCUGGCACCCGCGCUGCCAGUGCUGCGAGUAAUGCCGCUGGACCAGGGACCUCCGCAUCAGCAGCAGCCGGCGCCAGCACUGGCGACAGCUCUGGCGCCAGCACUGGCGCCAGCACCACCGGGCCUCGCGCGGCGCCGCCGGCCUCGCGCGCGCCCUCUGACAGCUGGCUGGAGAUGCUGUUCCCGUUCUCCUCCAACGCGGUGCUGCGGGAGCAGUACCAGCGCUUCAUGAGCAACAGCAUGCGGUACGGGCUGCUGCUUGAGGACCUGGACACACUGGCGGGUGACAUCGCGGCCCGGCACGCGGGCGUUCGCGACCGGGUGCUGCUCACCGCCUCCAUAGACCGCAUCUCGUGGCUGCAGGACCCGGACGUUGGUGAGAUGACGCUAUCGCACGACCUCCGCAUGGCGGGACAGGUGGUGUGGGCGGGCCGCAGCAGCAUGGAGGUGCUUAUCGAGCUGUCCCGCCGCGAGUCCAGCCAGCAGGCCUGGACGUUCCUUGGCCUGGCGCGCUUCGUGCUGGUGGCGCGGACGCCCGACCGCACCGCCGCCGCCGACGUCCCUGUGCUGCUGCCGCAGACCCCCCGCGAGCGGGAGCUGUUCGAGCAAGGGCAGAAGCACAUGCAGCUGCGGAACCAGCGGCGCGACACGCACACGGCUCGCAAGCCGCCCACAGUGGAGGAGGUGGCGCUGGUGCACGACCUCAUCCGCAACCACCACCUGGCACGAACCCUGGCGUCGCACCACCAUCACCACUCCCCCUCUGCCGACGCGGUGCCCAUGGCGCGCACUGGGCUGCAGAGCAGUGUGCUGAUGCAUAGCCAGGACCGCAACGCCUUCGACGUCAUCUUUGGCGGCCACCUGCUGCGGCUGGCCUACGAGCACGCCUUCGCCACCGCGGCGCUGCACGCGGGCGAGUACUGCGACCCCCUGUCCAUGGACGACGUGGCGUUCCUGCUGCCCGUGCCCAUUGGCACCUUGCUGCGGCUGACCGGCCAGGUGGUGUAUGUGGAGGGGCCGGUGGUGCGGGUGCACGUGCGCGCCACCAAGCUGGAGCCGGGCGCGCCGGAGCAGAGCGUCGUCACCAACGUGUUCAGUUUUGCGUUCGUGAGCAAGAGCGGGGGCGUGCGGCGGGUGGUGCCUGAGACCAUGGUGGAGGCAAUGGAGUACCUGAUGGGCUACCGGCAGCACGUGAUGGACGAGACCAGCAGGAUGGUGGCAGAGGACCGUGUCAGGCCCAAGUUGUGAUCGUGAGCAGUGAUGGGGACGGCCUCGCAUCAGUGUUGUUCCGUGCAGCGGCGUGCAGCUGUGAUGAUGCUGUGGCCGCGACAAGGCGUGAUCAGGCGUGAUUAAGAUAGAUUACGUGAUGACGGGGUGUGGCAUUGACUGGCAAGGCGUACAUACCGUACUGCCAGGAAGUAUUUUUCAUAAUUCGUUUUUUGGCGUUGAAAAAAACUUAAUUUGGAAAAAGUUAAUGAUAAUUCGCGUUCCAAAUGAAAAAAACUUAAUAGCUGCGGGAAAACUGGGGGUUGCGCGGGGAAGGGCAGCGGGGUGGGGCACAUGCGUGUGUGUUCCGAUGGUCACACACGCAGAGCCACACGUUUCUGGAUGCACCCGAUCAUAGUGCGCAUUGGACGGAAAUGGGUCGGCUGCUGGGCCAGAUAGGUCGGAGAGCUUGGAAUGGAGCAGUGGGAGCCGUUUCCCUAUGGCGUACCGUACCGUAUGCUGUCUGGUGGGGCUGCGCCGGCGUGCGGUAGGGCUGCGCCGGCGUGUGGCAGAGCACGCCGGCGCGGCCUCAGCAUGUGCCGAAAAAUUCCAGACUUAAAUCCC